UUUCUACCCCGCCCUCUCCAAUGGCGAUGGCACUCUGUUUUUCGCCUUCGCACACCACAAUUUUCCCUCAAAUUUUAUCAUCCAAUAGAAGUGGUCGCCAAUCUAACUUUGCUCCCUUACGGACACAACCUUUUCCAAAACACCCACUUGGAGACACCAAUCCCUUUAGCCCGAAAGUACAACGACACAUAACAACCAGAGCUCUGAGAGAGUGGCAAGAUUACGAGGACGCAGUGAAGGACAAGGACCUCGCUCGAGCUCUUCGGUUCUUGCAAGAUGUCGAACCAGAGGAUUCUUCAAUUGGGCCAUCUGGGUCUCUGGGUGGUGGUGGUGGUGGUGGUGGUGAAUUGGAAUUGUUUAGGUUGAAGAGGGAUUGGGAAGUUUUAGAUACUUGCUUGAAUGCUGAUGAUAUGAGGCUUGUUGGGAGUGCCUACACGUUUCUCAAAGACAGAGGGUUUUUGCCCAAUUUUGGGAAAUGCCGGAGUAUUGUUCUUGAGGGACCAAGAGAUGUUACACCAUCUGUUUUGAAGUCUUCAACUGGUUUGGAAGUGUCUAAACUUUCGCCAAAGAAAUGGGGUCUCUCUGGAAGUUCUAGUGUUCUUUUAAUUGCUUUACUUGGCGGGGUAUCCUUUCUGCUAAAUCAAGGAAUAGAUAUCAGACCUAACCUUGCAGCCAUAUUAGGAUUAGGCAUGAUGGACUCUAUCUUCCUUGGCGGUACUUGUUUAGCUCAAAUCUCAAGUUAUUGGCCUCCAUAUAGACGUCGAAUCCUAGUUCAUGAAGCAGGGCAUCUCCUUGCAGCAUACCUGAUGGGCUGUCCAAUUCGUGGGGUAAUUUUAGACCCGAUCAUUGCGAUGCAAAUGGGCAUUCAAGGGCAGGCAGGAACACAAUUUUGGGAUGAGAAACUGCAAAAAGAGCUUGCUGAAGGCCGGUUGAGCAGUACUGCAUUUGACAGGUACUGCAUGGUGCUUUUUGCUGGGAUUGCGGCUGAAGCACUUGUCUAUGGAGAGGCUGAGGGUGGAGAAAAUGAUGAAAAUCUGUUCAGGAGUAUCUGUGUUCUUCUCGAACCACCACUGUCUGUCGCACAGAUGUCAAAUCGAGCAAGAUGGUCAGUUUUGCAGUCUUAUAAUCUUCUCAAAUGGCAUAAAGAUGCCCAUCGAGCUGCUGUCAAAGCUCUGGAAAGGGGAGGUAGUCUAAGUGUAGUCAUCAGGAGAAUUGAGGAGACCAUGACCAGAUGAACUGUCUUAAGUGUAAAAUUCGAGAUUUUUCCUGGGUUGCUGACUGAGGAAUUGAUAUGAAUGCAGCUAAUACAUAGGCUUCCAACUUUAGCAGAAUAGAAUGGAACAACAGACAUACGAAAGACGACCAGAGUAUAAAUGCUGUGGGAUGGGCAUCAAUCAGUAUGCUGCGCGUAAUCUGAUUCUGAUCUCUUAUUACCUUGAAAAAAUGCCUUGUAUGUACAUUUGAUAGAGAAAUAUCAUACAGUGGGGAAUUCAUCCAUAGAGGAUGCAGGGCCUCGAGUUCUUUCUUGCCUCGGUGAAUUACUCUGGAUUGUGUAGCAAUGGAACCUCGGACACAACACCUUCCGGGAGCCUAGGACACCGAAAGGCAACGAGUGAUUGUCAAGUGAAAGAAAGAAGAGAGAGUUUUAGGAAAAGCUUCUUCCUCUCUAAACCGUUUGCAGUGCAUGGCUUUUUAAGUUUUUAAUUUUUCUCGUAAAUAUGCAUUUGAUUAUUCGUCCAGGGAAGUAAUAUACAACAAUUGUCACCUUCAUAAAAUGUAUUGUGUUGGCUUUGAAAUAUGUAUGAUUUUCAACAUAUUCCGAAGAGUCUAUAUUGGGUUUUCUUAUAUGGUUGGGUCUACUUUUGAUUAUGAGCCUUGUUAGGACCCGUUUGACAACUACAGUUGCUUUAUGCUUUUAUUUUGACCCGAAAUAUAAACAAUGUUUCCGGAUUAGUAUUUUGAA